AUGUUCCUUUUGGUGGUGCCAUGGCAGGCGUGAGGAUCGAUCUGAGGAAAUACUCGGUGAGCUUCCUCCUCUCCUUCCCCCGCCAACGGCCCAUAACUCACGCUCCAUUUGCACAGCCUCUCCUCUCCGUGCGCAUCACAGCGAUGCGCUCUGACAGGAGGGGGGAAACGUUCCCGAGCCAGGGAUUGGCGUGCUGGCCCGAUGUCAGCACCAGGGAGCGGGAGAUGUCCUGGAGAGCUGACACCUACACCCACACACUGGGGUACCAGGGCUUUGGCACAGUGGGGCUGCACACUGUGAAGUAUCUGCACGAGUAUGGAGCCCACUGCGUCUGUGUUGGAGAGACAGCCAUUUAUGAUCCCAGGGGGAUCGACCCCAAGGACCUAGAAGACUAUGAGCAAGGCCACGGGACCAUAGCUGGCUUUCCAAAAGCAGAGCCCUGUGAUGCCAACAUCCUGGAGGUGCCCCACGACAUCCUUAUCCCUGCCACUACGGAGAAGCAGCUCACGAGGGAGAACGCACCCCGAGUGCAAACAAAGAUCAUGGCAGAAACUGCCAACGGCCCUACUACACCAGCAGCACAGGAGAUAUUCCUGCAAAGAAACAUCCUGGUCAUCCUGGACGUGUAUGUGAACACAGGUGGUGUGACCGUAUCCUUCGAGCAGCUGAAGAACCUGGGCCACGUUAGCUAUGAGCAGGAGUCCAGCUACCACCUCCUGCAGUCAGUACAGCACAGACUGGGGCAGUCGUUUGGCAAAGCCAGAGGGGAGAUCCCCAUCAUCCCAUCCCCAGAGUUCCAGGCCUGUGUGACUGGUGACUCAGAGAAGGACACUGCGUAUUCGGGACUGGCCUACACCAUGGAGCAGUCAGCCAAGCAAAAUACGGCCACGGCUGCGAGGUACAACCUGGGCCUGGACCAGAGAACCGCUGCCUACCUGUGCGCUCUGGAGGUGUUCACUGUGUACAGCGCGACCGGCUUCACCUCCUGA